AUGUCAAUGACGAAGAGUACAAUUUUGGGUCAAACUAAUAUUUUGACAAAAUUACCCAAUGUAAUAAAAUGCAAUGGUCCAAAACUUGUACCAUUUUUUAAAACAGUUGCCAUUUUCUUUAUACUUUUUCCUAAGUCGAAGUAUAAAACUGCUGACGUAUUUUAUUUAACAUUUAAAUGUUUACCAAUAUGCUCAUUAAUUUUAUUUAUACUAUUAAAUGGAAUUAAUUUACGUGGAUUCGAGUAUUCAUAUUCCAGAAGAAUUUUAACUGGCUUAGCUUUUUCAUUACUUGGAGAUGCCUUACUUGUCUAUGAUCAUUCCUUUUUUAUUCACGGUAUUUUAGCAUUUGGUAUAUCACAUAUUUUAUAUGCAAGUGCAUAUGGUAUGAGACCACUACGAGGAUUUAUGUUACCAUUCAUGUUCUUACCAGUGAUAGUAAUUUAUUUGAUGCUUUCUGGUGUUCUCUAUAAGCCAUUAUCUUAUGUGAUUUAUGCUUAUAUCUUUUUAACAAUGUUUAUGAUAUGGCGAGCUAUGGCUAGAAUAAAGAUUGACAAUAAUGAAUGGACAUGGACAAGAUUUUAUAGUUUUCUUGGUGGCAUACUUUUUGCUACUAGUGAUGCACUACUUGCACUUGAUCGUUUUGUAACUCCUUUAGUACAUUCACAGAUUCUUGUUAUGACAACUUAUUAUGCUGCGCAAUUGCUCAUUGCUUUAUCUGUUGUUGAUUCACAUGAAGAUGUUGAGAUGAAUUUUUGUGUUAUACAAGAAACCGAUAUUAUUAAGGCUAUCCAAGAGAAUGGAAAACUUUUAUCUCAAGUGCAUCGGGAUGAUUUAAUUGCAUUAUUAUCUGCUAAACAUGCAUAUAUAAAACAAACAGUAGCUAAUACACAAAUAAAAACCAGAUUCAUGGAAAGAACAGUGCAAAUUGGUCAAAAUAUUGAUUUAUUUUUAAGUCGUACACCUGUGAUGUUAUUGGUUAAACCAGCGGAACAAAAAGAUUGA